ACAAUUUUUUUUGAUUUCUUGUCAUACGGAUGUAGAAAAUUACCUGUGAAUACCAAAUUGGAAUAAUAAUAUACAAAAAAUUGUUGUAUAGUGACAAAUAUCAAAUUUUGGCAUAGGUUGGUUAAUUUACUAUAUUUGGAUCAAAAUCUUCAUUGGCGAAACAAAAUUGUAUGUGUUUAAACAUAUAUCAAUAAUAUUAAAAAUCAAUAUAAAAAGCUGCAACUUAAAAGGAUUAGUCACGUCUUAUUGGAAUACAAUUAGGUGAUAUCUGCAAUUUGUCGAUUUCAUUAAUAAUAAAGUAAUUUAAAGUAUUUUAAACAAAAACGAGUACUUUGCUUUUGGAUUAUUUUAACAAAUAUAAAUUUGUUCUGUUGAUUUGUUGAUAUAUAAUAUUGUUCUUGUAAAAGUUAUUUCUACCAAUUGGAGUUAACCCAACAGUAUCUAAAGUCAAGACAAGGAAAAGAGCGGAGACAGUAAUGACAUCUUUCGGGAAUUGGCCUCUUUUGGAAAGGGUCACUAACGAUGAAUUUCUUCAGCUAUUGCCAUAUCUCAGUUUGGAACAUUGCUUCCUGACGCAAGUUUUUAUUCCUAAAAAAAAAUGGAUACAUAUGUUGGAUGCCAAUUUGCAAACGUUGCAAGUUAAGUGCGGUGUGUGCAGUAAACAAGUGCGGUUUGAGGAUAUAGAAAAUCAUUUAGUACAAAAUGAGCAUCUAAUGACUUUGCGUUCGAAUGUAAAGCAAUUUUACCAUCCCUUUUUUACAUAUGGAAAAGCAGACAUGAAAUUAGCAAGAGGUGAACAUACUCCUCAAAAAAUGCGCGAAAGUGCGUUGCGGGAAGUGAACAUGCAAAUGAAGAUUUUUAAAAAGGAAUGCAUUUUUGCCAAGAAAAUUGCUAAUAUUGUCCAACGUAGGUCACGUGAAAUUAAAGAUGACCAACUUAUACAAACGGCUUUAGAUAAGAAUAUCGAAAAUCCUGAUGACAUGAUUGUGAAGGUAUCCCUUCCAUUUGAAGGCAUUCCCAAAUUAUUUUUUUGUGUUGCAAGUGGUGAGUGGCAGACUGUACUCGGCUACAAGAACUUAACAAAGAAAGCAACUUUUAAUUGUAAAAUAUGCUCGAUGAAUUGCUGCGGCGUCGAAACCCUUAAUUCUCAUUUAAAUGGUUUCACACACAGAUUGAGACAAUUAGAAGUAUUGGCAGUGCGCUAUGAAGAUAAUCAUAAAAUUAAUAAAAAUUGUUGCAUUAAUUUUGGCGAUGUAUUUUCAUUCUCUGUCAAGGAUGAUGUAAAGCAUUCACAUAGAGAUCAAAAUUGGAAUGACUUUGACACUCAGCUUACUAAACUACCUAACGACCUUGCAAAAACUAUAAAAGCACUUAAUAAGUAUGUACCAAAAGUGCUUACACAUAUUGAAAAGAAACCGGAUGAGAGCUUUGUAAAUAAUGCUAUUGAUCGGGAUGGACAAAUUGAAUCCGAUGCAAUCCUGGGACACCUUGGGGUUGAGUACGUACUAAAAAUAAUGAAGAAUGAAAACGACUCAGAUCCUAGAUUCGAGUGUGGACUAUGCGAAUUUGUUGGCAAUAAAAUGCAACGUCACCUCCUAUCUUAUGAUCACAAGAAGAAAUAUUUGGAUUUGCACUAUUGCGACACGAUUAAAAAAUAUGAAUCUGCAUUAGGUCAUAUGAAUUUCAAAGAGUUCCGUCCUGUAAUGAACAAGAUUGUUGAUAAACUAGCAAUUGAAAUAGAAAAGCAUCAUAGCCGCAGUUUACCUUACACAGUUUCUUUGAAUGACUAUAAAACUCGAAGACCGGAUUUGAUAGCUGAGGCAUAUGCGCUCUUACAUGCUUCUCAAAACAGAGGACCAUCAUUUUCGAACGUGUUUUCUAUCGAUGACAUACGAAAUCUUAAGAAUUCUGCUUCACAGCUAGCAGAAAGUAUGACAUAUAAAAGCACUGAUUAUAUGAUAUUUACUAUAGCUCCAAAAGGCAAAAUAUACUUAAAUCAAAUGAGCCAUGAUCCGGUAGUUCGCCUUAGGGAAUACAAUGCGAAAAUGAAUAAAACACGUCCAUCUCGCAGAAGUCGUUCUAUAUCACCUGUCCAACAUACUCAAGUCUCAAGUAGAAGAUGUGAUUCACGUAAUGAACGACCACAUACACGUGUUUACGACAAACGUACUCGAUCCAGAUCACCCAUUUCUAACAGGGCUAGAUCUCCAAUACGAAGAGAUCGACGUGUCGAUCAUUUAUCAAAGGCUUUAAAUCAAAAUAUUUGGGAUGCUUAUCGGCGUGAAAUAGCCAACGCUGCAAAUGAAAUUGAACUAGCUUACGAAAAUUUCAGAAAAAAUCCAGAAAGCCAUCCAUUGUAUGAGGAAGAGUGGAAUAGUUUUUGGCAACAUCGUAAAAAAGAGCUUGAACGUGAAGGUUUCAAUCAUCGGACAUACAAUUUUCAACCGGAGUGGGUUCAUUAUUUCAAACAGCGUAUCGAAGUACUAUUUGGAGAGGCAUUGCAUAAAUCGCAGAUAAAUAUUCGUAAUAGGUUGGAAAUUCCUUUAGAUGCUGAAGAAGAUUGUCAACGAUCGAGUGAACAUUCAAAUCAAUAUGUAGUGGAUCGUCGAACAAAAGAUAUGGCUAUAUGUGCUGAGGAAAUGAAUGGAUUUAAACGACAACACAAACAUCGCAGUUCCUCUGAUUUCAAAAGUGGUGUUUCCCAACAUAAAAGGGUCUUUCCAGAACAAAUGUAUGCAGAAAGGAAGAUCGAUUCAAGUGCAGAAGAAUCACAAAAAAUGAUUGUCACUAGAAUUAGUGAUAAUCAUUCGAAUGUUGUACACGUCCUGCGCUUAAUGACAGCACUGGAGGAGCAUCUAGGUAGUUUAGGUGGAAAGGUAAUGGAUUUACUAUCGAACGCUUUGCAAUUGGAAAAACGUUUUCGUGGAAAUAGUUUAGAGUUUGAAGCAAAAGUUUUAACUAUUUCCAAUUGCCAGCUACUUGAAACUGCUAUGGAAAAGCUUAAAGGUAUAUUAUUUGCUGGAUUAUUGGAUGAAAAGAAAAUUUCGGGAUUUAAUCGGGUUAUCCAGCACACAGCUAAUCUGCUUAAAUAUGCCGAAAAAAUGGGAUGGAGACAAGAUAGUCAUGUACCAGAGAGAAAAGGUGAUAGCACAAGGGUGAGAGGAGGCGGCGAGACUCAAAUGCCAGGUGAAAAAGCCUUAUCUGACACAUUGAUGGAUUUACUGAAUACUACGCCCCACCAAACGUACAAACAACAGAUAAAAAUCUCAAAGGAACAGUUUGCUGUUCCAGCAGAGCAGCAGCUUUCAAUGCAACCUGUGUGCCCUCCACCACCCAAUAUUAAGGGAACUAAUAUAAACGCAAUUUUGUUAGGUGGCUACAAAGGACAACAAUCGAACUCAUCAGGCCUGGCUUUAUUCAAUACAAAAUUGUCGCUGGAUCAAACCAAUCGAACGCAAAAUCUCUCAGAUAAUCAGUCUCUGCAGUCUGCAGAAUUUGCCCAAAUGUACGGAAACCCAAAUAGUGGUGGAAAUAACUUAUACAACAACAGUUUUAAAAACACCAAUGAUACAAGAACAAGUAUAAAUACGCGCAUAAAUAAUGGACCAAAAAUCGGAGGAGGCAUGAACAACAGUGGAUCAUCACCACAGUUUAGAAAUUCACAAUUCAUUCCGAAAAUGGGUCAAAAUAAUGCCAUGUAUCAAGGAGGGGGAGGAGGAGGUAAUCGCAAUCAAAAUUGGACACGUUGGAAUAAUAUUAAUUAAAAUUAUCAAAUUUUCAUUGACAGUUUUCUAUUUUCUCUAGAUCAAUAAAAAAUUAUGUAUUAAUUUUCGAAAUAAUUUCUUAAUUAAAAAAAGUAAAAAUACUAAAACUUAAAA